CUAAAAUUGAGGUAUGAAAUUGAAUACUCCAUGUGAAACCUCGAUUGCAAGAGCCAACAAUCUGGAGCGAGUGGCCAAUAUCGAUUCUCAAAGGGAUUCCCUUUCCGCCCUUUGGCCGGACCAUUUCCCUCGCGCUCCUUUUCUCCUUCUCCAAGUUCCGCAGUCACUGUAUCAGUCACCUUCUUCACUCGUCGCCCUCAGCCGUCAACUGCCCUUCCUCCGGAUAUCGGAAAUGUCUUUCUUUCAUUUGAAAACAUCAGUACCUAAUCUACCUUGUAGUCCUGCUCAUGUGGCAGUGGAAGCUGUUUGUUCUCCUCUGGUCAUGCCUUUGAAUCAUCGUACGGCUUACAAGACAAGCUUAUGUGCCAUGUGUUCCUCGCUCAGUUCCUCAAGACGACUCCAGAAUUCUAGAGCCACAAACGUCGAUUUCGAUGUUCAGCAAACGUUGCAAUUCGAUCAGUAUUUUCUCUCGAAACUUGGCCUCUAUACAGCUGAGGAGCAGCUUCCUUAUGAUCGUGGUGGUUAUAGCGACUUUGGUGAAGAUAAUGGCAGCCACAAUGCCGAGGAAAGAGAAACAAAGAUUGAUCACGGGAAUAAGGGAAAGGUUCCAUGGAACAAAGGGCGAAAGCAUUCAGCUGAGACUCGGGAACUGAUCAGGCGAAGAACAAUAGAAGCCUUGCGAGACCCCCAGGUUAAAAAGAAGAUGGGAAAACAGCCACGAACUCAUAGUGUUGAAAUCAAGGCUAAGAUAGGCUCUUCACUUAGAAGACUCUGGAACAAGCGUUUGAAGUCGAAAAGGUUGGGAGUGAAAUUUUUCCUUUCAUGGGAGGAAAGCAUAGCAAAAGCAGCCAAGGAUGGAGGUCUUGAUGAACAAAGGCUGAAUUGGAAUAGCUAUAAUGAAAUAGAAGAAGAAAUUACUCGCCAACAGCUUCAAUUCGCCACAGAGAAGGCAUUUGCAAAGGAGCUGGCAAAGAUAAAAUCAGCUACUCUGGCAAAAGAAAAGGAAGAAAAGAUUGCUAUUCUUGCUCAAAGGAAAAAGGAGAGGGAAGAGAAAGAGAAGGCCAGAGCUGCAAUGAGGCGUAAGGCCCGUAGAAGAAGUGUGAAGAACAGAGGGAAGUCACCUGUUACCCAGGAGUUCAUACUAAAGCAGAAAUUGGUGAAGAUUCGAAGACAGAAACCAAAGAGUAGGAAAGCGAUCAAUGAAGCAGAUCAGCAGAUCUCCUGUACUCCAAUCUGGGGGAAGCUAGAUUUCGAGCUUACGGAACUAGAUGAACUGAAAAGAGAUUCACUUGCUGACCAGAUCCAAGCUGCCAGAAACCAAAGAAGUGAAAUCCGAUGCUGAUCAACAUGGUGCAGCAGCCGCCAGUGAUUUAAGCUAACAAUUUCAUCAAAGCCACAUCUCUUUCUGAAUGCAGAGGACAAGGCGACAGCCAAAUCCCAAUCAAACUUGAUGCCAACACCAGCUUACGCUUACCAGUUUUGGUAACUGGGAUUGAUUUAGAGCUGGACUUGCAGACUUGGAUCAGAGUUUCUGAUUGAAUUGACAACAGCCUGAUUGAGGAUGAUGCUUGGCAAUUGUCAUCGAGGUGUAAGCGAUGCGGUUUGAAGAGUUGUAGCUACUUAUACCUUGUAACAGUCAAUAAAGUAUCAUUGUUAUAGAGAUGUAGUAAACAACUGUGUAUUGGUUUUUUUCACCGAGUCUAACUAGCAGAGAUGCCAAGCUGAAUAGGUUUCUCAAACGUGAAGUUGCAUAAUUGCAUACGAUUGAAGAUAGCUAUAACCUAAAAUAACCAACAGAGUAACCAUACAAUUGCAUAAUUUUAUACCAGGAUGCCAAAUGCAACAUGUAUGAAGAACCACUCCCAGUUUAGCCCCACCAACAGAAUGUGGGAGAAGAAGCUUCCAAUUUGGAAUGUAGAACAAAAGCCAGCAACAAUAUUUGUCUCCCUACACAACUGGGAUUAUUUGUUAGAGAGGUCCAGUUUUAAUGGUUUCAUAAACUCUUCCGAACUAACAGAGAUCUCGAGCCAAUGCUGUUGGCUGCUACAACGAAUACAAAACUAGUGAAACACGGACACAAAAUGUUGAUUUGCGAUCGAUCCCAUUUUACUUGUUUGCAAACU